GACAAUUAGUGUAAUGGCAGUAGAUUAAAUAAUGAAGCGGAGGGGUUUUGAGGCUUCCAGAUAAGAAGGAGAAGCCGCUGCCUGCAUAAUUCGACGCAUUUAUGGCACUUUUUUAACAUAAUGUCGUAUUUUUGUGUGCCCUCGGCCAGAGCUAGAGAACUUGGCAGAGAAGACAGCGGCACUGGUCGCGAGAAGGCCUGAACCAUGAUGCGGCAGUUCAACCGACCGGUCACCCUCCCCGUCCCCCUCCAGCGGCCCAAACUCCGGCUGGCCCUGGGCAUGACGUGUGCCGGAGUGAACAGUCUGUCCGUGGACUCCAAAUCUGGGACGCUCGCCUAUCCAGCCUCCGGAGUGGUCGUGCUUUUCGACAUACUCAAAAACAAACAAACCCAGUACAUCCACGAGGCCCGUAAAGCAGUGUCGUGCGUGAGUUUCUCCCCGGACAGCAAACUCCUGCUCAUGGGGGAGUCCGGAAGCUGCUCGCCGGCCCUUCACGUCUGGAGCCUCGCUCAGCGCAAGAGCGUGGCCAGCUUCAAGGACCACUGCCACGGCAUCGUGUGUGCCAGGUUCUCCGCUGGCAUGGACGUACUGGCCUCCGUGGGGACAACACACGACGGCUUCGUCUGCGUGAGGGCCUGGCCCAGCCAGAACAUGCUGGCCACCAACCGGUUCUCUGAGGGUAUCUGCACCAUAUCCUUUUCCCCUUCAAGCCCGUCCUUCGUGACAUGCGGCGUGCAUCACGUCAAAUUCUGGCACCCUCACCUGCCUAGCAACGCGCCAAAGUCGUCGUACGUGAGUCUCCACCCUCGUCCCUGCUCGCUGCACGGCCGGCCAGCCACCCUCGGCGGACUCAAGACCAGGGCUUUUGUUGACGUGGCUUGGGGCUCUGGGAGGACCGCCAGCUUCGUGUUCGCCGUCACGUCCUGUGGGGUCAUCUGUAAGAUAUCCGUCGAGCACCGCACAGUGAAGAAAAGUAAACUUCUACGGAACCUUCAAUUGUCCAGUGUCCAGGUCCACAACACGGACCUGAUAGUUGGCUCAGAGUGUGGAUACGUCAUCUUCCUGGAUGUAGAGACUUUACAGCGCAGAAUGUCUCUGACGUCACCACUGGACAUCUGCUUCGCGGAGCAGGUGCUUCAGAGCCAGGACUCGGCCGUCGACUCGAUUAUAGACGAGUACAGAGCCCACGUUUUUCUCUCUCUCGACCACACCCACCGUCUGCUUGUCGCCGCCCUGUCGAACGGAAGUCUGUGCAUUUGGGACAUAAAGGAUGAGGAAGACAUAAAGAAAACCCACUAUUCUGUGAGUCACAGCAAAGCUAUCUCCGGGCUGGACGUGAUGUCUGUCGUCAACACCAACCCGGCCUGGCCCUCCUCCCCCUGGGACAGCGAGACGGUGGUGACGGUUUCCCACGACUCCACCGUGCGCCUGUGGCAACUGUCCAUGCAGCGCAGCAUCUGCUGCGAGAGCAGCAAGACCAUCUACACGUGCUUUGAGAAACCACCGCCAGCUCGACCCUCCGAAGACCCUGCUGUUGCUACUGCCACUGUCACCCCUGCGAAGGAAGAUGCCAGGCAAGAAUCGAGAAUGAUCACCGCGGCGAAGGUGAGUCCAGAAAACGACCUGAUCACCACGGGCGACAACCACGGACUGAUCGCGGUAUAUGACGCCCAAACUCUGGUCAAUGUGGAGAUCCUGCAGCGACACACGCGCAUGGUGACCACGCUCUGCUUCUUCUCCCACAAAGACUCACGGCUCAGGCUCAUGAUCAGCAGCGGCAAAGAUCGAUUGAUCAACAUUUUCAACGUGGACAGCAAGUUCGGCUUGCUGAGCACUCUACUGCUUCACUCCAGUUCUGUGACGUCUCUCGGUCUGUGCUACACUCCAGAGAAAUUGAUUCUCGUGUCUGCAGGCCUGGACAGAUCUGUGGUGUUGUGUCGCAGUCCAUGGCGCCGAGUCCCCGAGUUCAAGCCCUACACCUGUCAUCACACUUCCAGUUCCGUAGUUGAUCUGGUCAUCAGCCAAGAGGACUAUCACCUGACCGUAGGCAGACUCAACGGGGAAGUCAGCAUCUUUGAUGUGCUCAGCCAAAGACACGUACAGAGAUUCCACGCUUCUCUUGACGAAAAGGCCCAUUUGGAGAAAUUGUUUUUAAACAAAAGCAGGACUCUUCUACUUUGUGCUUGUACCAAUCGCACCAUCAACAUCUUGAGCUACCCGCGCGGCAUUCUGCUCACUUCAGUGUGCAGCCCUUCAAAAGGCGUGAGCGGGCUUCGCUUCUCCACCAACAUGAGGUACAUCGUGUCCUCCACAGGGGACGGCUGUGUCUUUGUGUGGGCUGUGCCGCUCAAGGUGAUCACCGCAGGAGCACUACUGAAGAGACUGUGGAACAAUACCCGGUCCAAGACCUCACCCAUCCUCUCCAUGCCGGGCAGGGCAAUGACGUACAGUACACUUUCUCGGACGAUAAAUGGAAAGGAUCUUGUGCUUGAGAAUACCAAAGAGAUAAAAGCGAGAUCUACUACAGAAAUAGUGAAUCUGGGAGAGGCAGUCCCCGUAGAGGAAGAGCAGGAAAAAGUAUUACAGAAUAAUUGCGCUGAUGUAAUAAAAGAAAUGCAACACAACACCGGAAAUAAGAUCAUUCAACCGACAGGAGUUGACGAAGUGCAUGCAACAGGGGAACCGUUACAAUUUCCGAUUACAAGUUACACCAAGGAAGGCCCAGGCUUGAAAGGCGAGGAGGGUACUUGUUUCAUUUCCGGUCAUCUUGGUCUGUUCUCUGAUGAUGGUCUCGAGUCGUUCGCUGACAAUGAAGAGUUUCCUGACAGCGAAGGAACGGUGUACGGCAGUCAAAGCGAAGGGAAGGAGAAGGAACCUGGUGAGUCGGAACACAAAAGCUUGCCAACACUUGAAAGCUCCCGCGAAGAUAUCAUACCAGGUAGAGUAGUUCACGAGAACACCCCGACUCUCGAAAGUUUCCAAGAAGAUAUUGUAAUGGGUGGGCUUGCACCUGAAAAUAUGCCAUGCAAGGACUUUGGAGAAUCGGAUGAGGACUCUGUACAGGUCAAGGGGAAUGCAAUGUAUGAAGGUCCUUCCUCAGUUUUUGAAAACACACAUUUCAUAGCCCAUGCGGGAUCUGACGGGAUGGAGAAACUAUCGGGAUUUCCAUCAUGGCAUGAGUAUGUAAUGAGUAUGGAGGUAUGUAGUCCUGAUGAAAUAGUGGCUCUUCAGGAUCAAGUUAAUCUUAUUUCCGAGAAGCACAGUUCAUCAACACUAGCAGAUUUAGAAGACUGUCAAAUCCAAGAAGCAGAAUUUGCUUUAGAAGACCACACCUCUUCCUCUCCCCAGCCACACUUACCGAGGUUGGAGCCCUCGAACGAUAAAACUACUCCAAAGACAGGUAGUGAUAUAACAAAUAUGGAUACGUCUCAAUUCUCCUCACAUGACGACUUACAAGGCAUUAGCUCGAAUCAGGUCGCUGAAAAUCCGAGGACCGAUGCUUUUGUACAAGUAGAUUUAGCAUCUUCAACACAACAACACACAGACUCAUCCUGUAGCGAGGUGUUGCCUUCUGAUCCCAAGAUUGAGCACAGCGCAGAAACACAGUCUCACGAUGACCCAGAGCAUAAAAACUGCACUAAAGAGGAAAGUACUAAAUAUUCUGACACUGUGUCCUCACAUAAGAUAUCGUUUGAAGGAGAAAAACUUGAAACAUACUACGACGUGGUAUUAGUUAACAGUACGCUCUCCGACGAAGAAUUAAUGACGUCACAGGGGCCGCAUACGCAGGCGCUAGAGUGUCCCAAAGAAGACACAAUAAGAGGGAUGGUAGCCUUUGAGGAUUCUGAGGUUGCACCACAAGUGACUCCUGAAGAAAAAAUGAAUAUAGAACCUACGGUCACAGAGGAUAAUUCGCAGACCUCAGAAGAAUCAGAAAAUGACCAUCCGAAUGAACACUGUUCAACACAAGAAGAAUGUAGAGAAACUAAUUCACAGGCAGAGAAAUCAGGUUCACUGUUUGCUUUUACUAGCCAGGAGACUACUUGGUCUACCGAGAGCAAAUUUGAUGGUGAUGAUGAAGAAUCCCAAGGUGUGAAGUCCGAACCUUGUGUGAAUCAAGCAUCAGAAGGCUACGCUAGUUCAAAGGUACAAGGCGGCCAGUACCGCUCUACCGAAUCUAUCACCGGGAAUGAAUUUGGAAACACAGAGUCUCUAAGUUUCGAAAAUCCCGAAGAAAAUAAUGGUAGUUUGGCUGACCUUCCUGAAACUAAUGUUGGGGCAACGCAGCCUCGCUCGAGGGAUGUACAUUUAGUUGAAUUUCAGGUAAACGGAGAUCAAUGUGUAGUCCAGGAAGUUUCGUUAGAUGAAUCAGGAAAAUAUGGAUUGGAUAUAUCAACAAAGAAAACAAAUCGAGAGAGAAUACGAUGUCAUCUAAAAGACUGCGUAACACCGAGAGAGACUGAUUACAGGCCUUUAAAAACGAUUGUUUCGCUUUCAAAAAAUGGUAGAAACAACUUUCCUCUACUCACGGAUGACGUAUCCUUAACCAAGAUCAGUGGACACAGUGGUGCAAACAACGAAUCCAAGGUGAAAGAACAUAACUCGCCUUUUUCAGGGGACACAGACGGUACCUUCCAACCUAUGAAGGGAGACAAUCCUGCCAUUAUUCAGUGGGAACAGCAGUCAGUCGGGCAGGAGCUGCAACUGAAUGAAGCUGCAGGGGAUGCCACCCAGGGUGCUGAAACCUUUACAAAAUGCCCGUGACACUGUCUAUCAAAAGGUUUAUUCAAUGUCCUGCUUCCUUGAAAAUCGCCCCUCCCACCCUCUCCUCCCACGCAAAAUCAAGACGCCCGUGCCCCCCUCCUUUUUUUCAAAGGUAAAAAAAGACAACGCAUGGCAAACAAAUACAUUGGUGUAUUAUCGAAGAAGUAUUAACGUGCCACAAGUGCAUUUACUUUAUUUGAAUUUAACGUAAUACAGUGAUUGGUAGGACAAGUAGUAAGUGACUUGAAUCUGACUCCUUGUUUUGGGCUUUACUGAUUGACAUGAGUAGAUUGGAUUCUGAAAUUAAAAAAACAAUCUUU